AUGUCGUUGAGAGAAAGUUGCAGGAACAGAAUUUUUACUGUAAUCACUAAAAUAACUCAGGUGAGCAAAUAUGUUGUUAUGGUUGUAGAUCAAAAUGCUUACAAAAUAUUAUCCAUGAUAUGCAAAAAUGAAGAACUAUUAGAAAAAGGAGUAUCAUUAAUCGAAUUAAUAAAUACACAAAGAAAUAAUUUACAAGAUUUUGAUUGUAUAUAUUUAUUAAGUAAUAAUAUUGAGAGCGUUAAUAUAAUGUUAAAAGAUUUUAUAGAUGAAAAAAAUCCAAAAUAUAAAAAUAUUCAUAUAUUAUUUACAUCAAAUGCUUGUAAAAAAAAUGAAAUAUUAAACUUAAUAGCUACAAGUGAUUUUAUGUUAAAACGGAUUAAGUCUUGUGCUUGUAUAAAUUUAAAUUUCUAUCCUUAUGAAAGCAGAAUUUUUUAUUUUGAAAAUAAAAUAAAUUUAUAUGAUUUAUAUCCUUUAAAAAAUUUACAAAUAUUAAAUACUGCAGCCUCGGAAUUAGUUUCUGUUUGUUCUUGUUUAAAAACAUAUCCAAAUAUACGAUAUCAAAAUACCGAGUUAUGUUAUAAAUUUGCAGAAAUCGUUCAAAACUAUUUAGCCGCAGAAAUUUCAAAAAAUAAUAAUGAAGAUAAAGUGUCAGAAGAAGAUACUGAAUCUGUUUUAUUAAUUUUGGAUAGAUCCAUUGAUAGCUCUAUUUUAUUUAUACAUGAUUAUACAUAUCAAAGUUUGUGCUAUGACCUUUUAAAAAUUAAUACAGAAUUUGACGAUAAUGAAAAAUAUAUAGAAGAUAAAGAUGAAAAAAAUAAUUAUCCUCAUGCAGUUACAUUUAAAAUGCCUAAUAAUGAAAAAAAAAAUGAAGAAAAAAAAGCCAUAUUAUCAGAAAAUGAUAAUUUAUGGAAAAAAUAUAGACACACACAUAUACAAGAAGUAAAUGAAAAUAUAAAAAAUGAAAUAAUUGAAUUUACUGAAAAAAAUUCAGUAGCAAAAAUUCAAAAAAAAAAAAACUUUUUUAAUCUUAAUGAAGCAUUAGAAGCAAUCAGAUUUUUACCAAAACAUGAACACAUGUUAGAACAAUAUUGGCUACAUAUAUAUUUAUGUGAAGAAACUUUUAAAAUAUUACAAAAUAAAAAUGUAGUGGAUAUAGGUUUAAUUGAACAAGAUAUUUGUUGUAAUGUAGAUAAAUUUGGUAAAAAACUUAAUCACAUAGCUAAUUUAAAUAGCUUACAAAAUAUUUUAGCUAGCUAUGAAUAUCAACAAGAAGAAAAAGCUAGAUUAUUAUUAUUAUAUUUUAUUAAUUAUAUAAAUAUAAAUAAGCAAGAUGAAAUAAAACUCAUUGAGUCAGCAAAACUUAGUUUGUUUAUGAACAAAAUUAUAAAUCAUUUUUUAAAAUUAAAGUUGCAAAAAAAUGUUUUUCUUUCUAUUGAUAAUGAGGAUGAUGUAUCAGUACAAAAUCAUGUUUCCCAUAUAUUUGAAAAAAAAAAAAAAAAAAUUAAAUAUUAUAAAGAUAUUGCAAAAAAUUCAAAUUAUGAAUUAACAAGAUAUGAACCAAAUAUAAAAGAAAUUAUUCAAGAACUAUAUACCGAAACAUUGGAUAAAAUAUAUUUUCCACAUCUACCAAAUGUUAAUAUUAUACAAAAUAACAAUAAUAAUACACCUAACGAAUUAAAAGUAACAAUAAAUUUUCCUGAUAAAACAAAAAAUGUGUCAAGGGGAACUGUAUGGGAAUAUAAAAAAGAUAUAAUAAAAAACCAAACAGAAAAUCAUAAAAAAAAAAAAAAAAUUAUUGUGUUCAUAUUUGGAGGUAUAACAUUUCCUGAAAUUAAAAUCAUAUAUCAACUUUCAAAACAAAUAAAUGUAGAUUUAUAUUUGGGUGGAACUUCAAUAUUAACAUCAAAUAUUAUAUUUAAUCAAUUUAAAACACAUUCUGAUUUCUAG